AUGAAUGUGGCCACCCUAGAGAGACCAAAACACACUGUGAUCAUAAAGCCUGAUAAUCACGUGUUUAUAGACGAGGUUGUUACUCUCACAUGUAACAUAGAGAAUGAAGGAGGUGUCCAGAACUGGAGGUACAGCUGGAAUAAAGAAGGUUCAGACCAAACUGUCAGUAAUAAUCAGCAGUACACUAUCUGGUUUGUUGAAGUAGCUGAUGCAGGUAAAUACACCUGUACAGGAACAGAGACAGGAGGAUCACAUUCCUCACACCCCAGUGAUGCUGUUCUACUGACUGUAUCAGCAAAACCCAAACCAACUGUGAGAUUAGAACCUCAGAGCUUCAUCUACACUGGAGACACCGUUACUCUGACCUGUGAUCUGAAUCAGUCUACAGGAUGGACUUUCAUCUGGAACAAAAAUAAUCAGCGUGUAAAUCCUCAGAUCUCUGCAGCUAAAAUCACCCCCAACAAACUCAGUGAGAAACUUUCAAAUACAGGAACGACAAAGUACAAAUGUAAAGCACAUAGAGGAAAAUACUACAGCUCAGAGUACAGUGAUCCAGUUACCGUUAUAGUAAAAGAGAGACCAAAAGCUGCUGUGACCAUAAAUCCUGAUAAUCACGUGUUUAUAGGAGAGACUGUUACUCUCACAUGUAACAUAGAGAAUGGAGGAGGUGUCCAGAUCUGGAGCUACAGCUGGAAUAAAGAAGGUUCAGACCAAACUGUCAGUAAUGGUCAGCAGUACAGAAUCAGUGAUGUUACAGAGAAUCAUGCAGGUAAAUACACCUGUACAGGAACAGAGACAGGAGGAUCACGUUCCUCACACCCCAGUGAUGCUGUUCUACUGACUAUAUCAGCAAAACUCAAACCAACUAUGAGAUUAGAAUCUCAGAACUUCAUCUACACUGGAGACACCGUUACUCUGACCUGUGAUCUGAAUCAGUCUACAGGAUGGACUUUCAUCUGGUACAGAAAUGAUCAGGAAGUAAAUCCUCAGAUCUCUGCAGAUAAAAUCACCACCAACAAACUCAGUGAGAAACUUUCUAAUACAGGAACAACAAAGUACAACUGUGUAGCACGAAGGGAAAACUACAACUCACUGUACAGUGAUCCAGUUACCGUUACAGUGGAAGAGAGACCAAAACCCACAGUUACCAUAAAUCCUGAUAAUCACGUGUUUGUAGGAGAGAUUGUUACUCUCACAUGUAACAUAGCAAAUGGAGGAGGUGUCCAGAACUGGAGGUACAGCUGGAAUAAAGAAGGUUCAGACCAAACUGUCAGUAAUGGUCAGCAGUACAGAAUCAGUGAUGUUACAGAGAAUCAUGCAGGUAAAUACACCUGUACAGGAACAGAGACAGGAGGAUCACGUUCCUCACACCCCAGUGAUGCUGUUCUACUGACUGUAUCAGAGAGACCAAAAGCUGCUGUGACCAUAAAUCCUGAUAAUCACGUGUUUAUAGACGAGAUUGUUACUCUCACAUGUAACAUAGAGAAUGGAGGAGGUGUCCAGAACUGGAGCUACAGCUGGAAUAAAGAAGGUUCAGACCAAACUGUCAGUAAUGGUCAGCAGUACAGAAUCAGUGAUGUUACAGAGAAUCAUGCAGGUAAAUACACCUGUACAGGAACAGAGACAGGAGGAUCACGUUCCUCACACCCCAGUGAUGCUGUUCUACUGACUAUAUCAGCAAAACCCAAACCAACUGUGAGAUUAGAAUCUCAGAACUUCAUCUACACUGGAGACACCGUUACUCUGACCUGUGAUCUGAAUCAGUCUACAGGAUGGACUUUCAUCUGGUACAGAAAUGAUCAGCAUGUAAAUCUUCAGAUCUCUGCAGAUAAAAUCACCACCAACAAACUCAGUGAGAAACUUUCUAAUACAGGAACAACAAAGUACAACUGUGUAGCACGAAGAGGAAACUACGACUCACUGUACAAUGAUCCAGUUACCGUUACAGUGGAAGAGAGACCAAAACCCACUUUGACCAUAAAUCCUGAUAAUCACGUGUUUAUAGGAGAGGUUGUUACUCUCACAUGUAACAUAGCAAAUAGAGGAGGUGUCCAGAACUGGAGGUACAGCUGGAAUAAAGAAGGUUCAGACCAAACUGUCAGUAAUGAUCAGCAGUACAGAAUCAGUGAUGUUACAGAGAAUCAUGCAGGUAAAUACACCUGUACAGGAACAGAGACAGGAGGCUCACGUUCCUCACACCCCAGUGAUGCUGUUCUACUGACUGUAUCAGAAAAACCAAAACCUGAACUCACAUCUAACCAUAAAGUAGCUGCACUAGCAGGAAACUUAGUGCUUCUGUACUGUGAACUGAACCCAACUGCUGGAUGGAACUUCUACUGGUACAAACACACACAGAACACUGAGACUGAGACUACAACACACCCCUCCUACACCAUCUACUCAGUUAGUGUCUCUGAUGGAGGCCAGUACUGGUGCAGAGCUGGAAGAGGAAACCCAGUCUAUUACACAGAUUACAGCAAUGCACUCUGGGUAAAUGUUACUGGUGAAUCUUCUUCAGUUUCUCUGAUCAUCAAUCCCAGCAGAACUCAACACUUUACUGAUGAAUCUCUCUCACUGAGCUGUGUGGAUCAGAGUAAAUCUACUGAAUGGAGAGUGAGAAGAUACACUGACCAUCAGGGAGUGUUAGACUGUUCAACAUUAUCAGGAUCAGCUAGAGAAGCUACAUGCAACAUCUGCUCCCUCAACACAUCCCACACUGGAGUGUACUGGUGUGAAUCUGAAUCUGGAGGCAGCAAUUCGGUCAACAUCACAGUACAUGAUGGUGACGUGAUCCUGGAGAGUCCUGUUCAUCCUGUUACUGAAGGAGAAGCUCUGACUCUACACUGUUUAUAUCGCAAAACUAAACCCUCAAACCUCCGAGCUGAUUUCUAUAAAGAUGGAUCAGUGGUGCAGAACCAGACCUCAGGAGAGAUGAUGAUCCAUCAAGUCUCAAAGUCAGAUGAAGGUUUCUACCACUGUAAAUACCCAGAGGGAGGAGAAUCACCAAAAAGCUGGGUGAUCAUCAGAGGUGAAAAUAAUACAUCUGGUUCUUUUCUUUCUACAGUUUCGAAAUCUGUAGCCACUAUUAUAGGAGUUGCUGUAGGAUUAAGUUCAGCUUUGUUGCUGCUGGUACUGAUGAUCUUACUUUGGUGCCACAAGAGGAACAAAGGAGAAGAGUGCAGGUCUUCAUAUGUUGUAAAUCACAACACUGAUCAGGUUGCAGGUGCUGGUGAUAUUUAUGCAAAUACUCAUGUACUGACUAACCAGAGCAGAGAUGCUGUCAGAGUAGCAAAGGACUUCCUAUACUCUGAAAUUAUGCUGACAGACCUGAAAACAAUUAAAGAAAAGAUAAUUGUGGGUGCUGACACUGUGUACUCAGAACUGAAGCAGAACACAGACUAAGGCCUGCAACUCAUUCCAAAAAAGUUGGGACAGUAAAGCAUUUACCACUUUGUAAUGUUGUUAUUCCUUUUCACCACUUAAAAGACGUUUUGGCACCGAGGAGACCAAGUGAUUUAGUGUUUCAGCUUUUAUUUUGUCUCGUUCUUCCUGCAAACACGUCUUAAGAUGUGCAACAGUAUGCAAUCAUAGUGGACAUCAAAAUCUUGAAGGCAGCAGAUGUUGCUCUAAGAUCUCAAUGUAAUCUGCAUUAAUGCUGCAUCACAGAGUGUAAAUGACCUUUACCAAGGGCACUGACACAACACAAUACCAUGACAGACCCUGGCACUGACACACCCGCAUACCAUGAUAGACCCUGUAAUUUCUCCUUAAAUAUGCCAGUGGUGCCCUGUUUUUGAUUAUUAGCUAUUAAUUAUAUUAUUAAAUAAUUAAUUUUUAACCUCUCUUUUUCACAACACUGGUUUUUCACAACACUGGUUAAGGCCACCCAAGAAGGAUGGGCCCUGCUGAGUCUGGUUCCUCUCAAGGUUUCUUCCUGUAAUUUUCAGGGAGUUUUUCCUUGCCACAGUCGCCCGCGGCUUGCUCAACAGGGGUUUUUUGUGUCUGUUGGUCCUGGAUUUUGUAAAGUUGCUUUGAGACAAUGUCUAUUGUAAAAAGCGCUAUAUAAAUAAAGUUGACUUGACUUGACUUAAGGCAGGAAA